CAUCUGUCUGGCAUCUCUUCGCCUACCUCCACCCGGAUGGCAUCGCUUCGACAUUCCCAACCAAAGUUCCACAAAACAUCUUGCCAUUUUUUUAUUGUGCUAGUGCAAGGCAAAUCGCAAUGUAUGCGCUACGACACCUGCGACUCCAGAGCGCACGACACCUCCGCAGCUCUUAUGCAGCGGCGGCAACAACAAAACACAUGCUGCCCCGGCAACCAGCGCGUGUUCUGAUUGGAGAUGGGAGCACCUGGGAUAAGUACCAAGUACAGGAUGUAUACUCCAGGAGUUCGAGUACCGCCACUGAGCCCGUGAAGCCGCAAACGCCGCUGCAGGAACUGGUGUCAGCCGCCAAACCCUAUGCCCAACUGAUGCGGAUCGACCGGCCUAUUGGCACCUACCUCCUCUUCUGGCCCUGCGCCUGGAGCAUAGCGCUCAGCGCGGAUGCGGGUUGCUGGCCGGACCUGACCAUGCUCGGUCUGUUUGGCACCGGGGCACUGAUAAUGCGCGGCGCCGGGUGCACCAUUAACGAUCUCUGGGACAAGGACAUCGAUGCCAAGGUGGAGCGCACAAGAUUGCGGCCCUUGGCCUCGGGACAAAUCAGCCAGUUCGAUGCCAUAGUAUUCCUCUCGGCUCAGCUUAGUCUGGGUCUUUUGGUGCUGGUCCAGCUCAACUGGCAGUCCAUAUUGUUGGGCGCCAGUUCUCUGGGUCUCGUAAUCACCUAUCCACUCAUGAAAAGAGUCACCUACUGGCCCCAGCUGGUUCUGGGCAUGGCUUUCAACUGGGGCGCCCUACUGGGAUGGUGUGCCACCCAGGGCAGUGUUAAUCUGGCCGCCUGCCUGCCGCUCUACCUUUCCGGUGUAUGCUGGACCAUUGUGUACGACACCAUAUACGCCCACCAAGACAAGCUGGAUGACCUGCAAAUCGGCGUGAAAUCCACGGCUCUGAGAUUUGGCGAGAACACCAAGGCUUGGCUGUCUGGAUUCACGGCAGCCAUGCUGACUGGUCUUUCCGCCGCUGGCUGGGCCUGCGAUCAAACGGUGCCCUACUACGCGGCUGUUGGAGUAGUGGGUGCCCAUCUAGUGCAGCAGAUCUACUCCCUCAACAUUGACAACCCCAGCGACUGCGCCAAGAAGUUCCUAUCGAACCAUAAAGUAGGACUCAUUCUAUUCCUUGGCAUUGUUUUGGGCACCCUUCUGAAAUCAGACGAGACCAAGAAACAGCGCCAAUCCUCACUGACAACAUCUACGGCCAGCUCAUACGUUCCAGCGCUGCCGCAAAAGCAAGAAGUUAUAAGCUGAGAUAAGCCAGACGAGCGGAGAUUGUAGUGUUAAUUAAUGUUUAUAGCGCUCUUUUUGAUUCGCCAAAACCAAAGUCUCUAGGUAUCUGAUUAGGUAAAACCUUGUAAAUAGGCUUAUGACAAUUUUUUAGCUCAUUUGCAAUAGGUUAGGUCUUCAAGAAUAUUACUAAGUGCACACCUCACUUGAACAUCAAUUAAUUUUUAAUUGUAAGUGCCCGCCUUGACGUAAGAAUUUACGUAAAUCACCCAUCCCCUGUACCCCUAACCCAUUUGAAAAACAAACUGGUUUCUGUAUUAAAUUCUUACGUGUUAUUUAUUAUUAUUAUA